CUCUCUCUCUUCACUCUCGCACUCUCCUGUGUUGAAUUUCCUCUCGCGCGCUUCGGGUUGAGCUUCUCCAUCAGCAUAUUGUGCACUGAGGAAAAUAUAGCUCUGUUCCGAUACUAGUCGCUCUACUAAACCACUUUUUCCACCGAGUCAGUCACUCGCCGAUCUCGAAGGUGUCUGGUCGCAGUGAUAAGCUGAGCUCAGCACUGUCGAGGGCAUCCUAAUGAGGCAAAAUUGUGGUGGUGUCUGAGAAAAAUGGUAGAAGAGUGUUCGGCACUUUAAUAUUAAAGAGUUGCAGUGUGACAACGGAAAGCACUUUGUAAACUUGAUGGAUUUUCUGUGCAGAUGAAAGUUUGCGGAAUAAUUGCGGAGAUAGUUUUCUGGUUGUUAUUGUUGUUAUGCUGAAAAACUCCAUCAGAAGUGGUGGUGGAAGAAAUCCUGAAAUUAAAUAAAUGUGCCAUAAAACUCACUAUUCGUGUGACAGAGAAUCUGACGAAGUUCACGCGCUCAUUCGCACGGGCGAGAUUAAUUGGUGAGGUAGUGAUGAAAUAUAAAAAUUGGUGAAUGGUGAAAAGUGAAGAAAUUAUUGACACAGACUUCCGUUUGAUUUUCUCCCAAUAACAACCAACACAAUCUACAGGAUUUUGGCCAUGACGAAAACUUUCUUUGUUGUGCCAUAUCCGGGAAGUAUCGCAUAAUUAGAUGAAAUUCACGGAAGAGAGAGAGAGAGAGAGAGCAAAAGGAAAAGUCAAUGAAGGAAAUUCCCAUGCAGAAUUCAUAAAAAAGGAAACAAUUUAAAAGAGAAUAAAGAAGGGAUUCUUCGCGGAGAAGUGAAAGAAAAAGAGAAAGAGAGUGGGAAGGAAAUUAAUCAAUAACGAGUGAUUCCUGCUUUUUGGGACUUCGUCAACUGAUGCGAAGAAGUAAUUGGAGUACUCUUGCGGCUGAGACUCUCUGAACAAUCUGGUUGCAGAAGAAAAAGAAGUAGCUUGCGAAAAGUUUACACCGGCUAUGGAAGUUUUUCCCACCACAAUGGAGGCUAUUGCACAGAUGGAACGCCAGGAAGAUCGAUCAUCGCGAAACAGUAGCUCAAGUGAUUCGAGUGUAUUCUCUUCGUCGGGAAAAGGAUCAUCGAGUGAGAAGAGCCGGCUUUUGGACAUUACCAGAGAUAAACCAAUAAAAGUGGCUGUCAGAGUGGCGGUUCCAGUUAGGGAUCAUCCAAAGUUCAAUUUCGUGGGAAAAUUACUUGGACCCAAGGGGAACUCCAUGAAACGCCUGCAGGAAGAUACAAUGUGCAAAAUGGCAGUUCUCGGCCGUGGAUCAAUGAAGGAUCGUAAGAAGGAGGAGGAAUUGCGAUUGAGUGGAGAUCCGAGGUAUUCGCAUUUAUCUGAAGAUUUGCACGUUGAAAUAUCAACAUUUGCCGCACCUGCUGAAGCUCACGCUCGAAUUGCCUACGCAUUGGCCGAAGUGAGGAGAUUUCUUGUUCCGGAUUACCACGAUGACAUUCGACAGGAGCAAAUGUGGGAAAUGCAGGCCUUAAGCUCGUCACAGAAUCAAAGUCAGGAGAUCAGCAAUGCCUCGACGCACAGCAACAGCACGGCGGAUCUGCUCGCGAGCACCGCGGACAGCGUGGAGAUGAAUGGGACGAGUGAGUGCGCCAUCGGCGGCAAUGGCGUGGUCACGUCCAUGGCUACGACGUCGGCUGCCAUUCCGGCGCCGCCCAACAGUUCGAUUCUUAUGAUUAGCGGCUCCAAUGGGGAGCUCGAGGUGGCGAACGCCCUGACGCCGCACCAGCCCACACCGGCGGCGGUGAACGAUCUCGUGGCGGCCGCAGCGGCGGCCGGUGGCGCCGUCAUUCCCGCCACGGUCUCCACACUGACGCCGAGCAACUCCAUUCUCACGAUAGCGCCUGGCGAGACAAUCAUGGACACACAUCCGGCGCUGAGAGUCGUGAAGACUGUUAACAUAGGGAAUUUGGCGCGGAAAAGACCGCUGCUGGGCGUCCCGCGCUCCAGCAUGAAUCCGACAAAGCGGACGGUGAUGACACUCCUGGCGCGUGCCAAGAACGCCCAAGCACUCCAUUCAGCCCGAGGUGGUGUUGCAUCAUCUUUGGGGGAGCCAAUACAGACGAUCGCGUCUCCACUAAUUCUGCAGCAGCCGCUCGAUGUGCCCCUCGCAGCUGUGCACAAGGAGAAUAUCUUGCAGAAUAUCUGCAAUUUGUCGCGAAAUUGAAUCACAAUCCGGGGCGGGCGUCGGACAGAAGAGGUGUUGAAGGUGUGUGUGUGUGUGUGUUUUGUGGGAUUAAAAGCAAUUCAGCGGUUUCAACUUUCCUCCUUUUGCACUCUCGACAGUGCACACAUUUGACACUCCCAUUCAUCACGAGUUACACGAGAUUGUCUGUGGGUGUGUGUGUGUGUGGAAUUUAUUGUUUAUUCACCUAUUUAAGUGUGACAGAGGGAAGGUGUAAUUGAGAGAAUCAUUUGAGCACCUGCAUCGAUUCUCUUUCCAUUGAUGCUCUCGAUAUGGCACGAACAAAGCGAUAUGCAAUUACUAUGCAUGACGCUUUUUUUUAUACCUUCUCCGAACUGUGCUUCCUCUCGGGCAUCGGAGAAGCCACACAGAGAGUUUUAUCCAAAGGGGUUGCUAAUAUUGGGGAUGUAAAUUCAAAUACCAAAACCAAAAAUUGUUUUCGCGAUGCAUUUAUUCCGUGUAAUUCCCCCACUUGAAUCGUUUCAUCGCAGGACGAUUUCGGAAUUGAUCUUUAAAAAAAAAAACAGAUAUUUUAUCUUAUAAUUUCGUCAAAAUUUAAUUAUGAAAUUAUUCUGCAUAAUUUUUAUAGAGUGAAAAGCUAAUUUCUCAGCUGAAAAGCCUGUAAACAUCAAUGAAUAGACAACGUUGCUUAAAUACUUGGU